ACUUGUCGUGGGUGCACUGCUGUAGACGAUGAGGCAACCGGUGGGCAAGAUUUACGGGCUUAACAGUACUCUAGCUGGCCAGGUCACUUGGUCGUGGUACCGGUCACUGCUCAUCGAUAUAAAAGCUAACUUGGGCCCGCUAGAGACUCAUAACUACGCUUCCUGCGCCUCCUGUGCCCCCAGCAUCCCACACCGUCCCUUCUUGCCAUGAGUGACCUCAAAGCUACCGUUCAGACUACGUCCAACGGCUUCGCUGUCUCCGGCGUGGAGCAGAUUAGCUACGGCUUCCAGUUCGUCGAUAACAUCUUCGACACCAAGCACAGCCACCUCGCCAAGAUCUACAAGCCAUGGAAGCGCGUGCUUCUGGUCAGCGACUCCACUGUCGCUGGCUUUCAUUCCACGCAAUGGGAGGCGUACUUCAAGCAUCACGACAUCCUACUGACGACCUUCAUCAUGGCUGGCGGUGAAAAGAACAAGACCAUGACCACGAUGCUGUCCAUUGUGGAUGCCAUGAAUGAAUUUGGCCUCGUCCGCAAGGAGCCCGUCCUGGUCGUUGGCGGAGGCUUGUGCACCGACGUCACCGGUUAUGCUUGUGCAUCCUACCGCCGCACGACGAACUUUAUCCGGGUGCCGACCACCCUCAUUGGUCUCAUCGAUGCCUCCGUCUCCAUCAAGGUCGGUAUCAACCACGGCAACCUUAAGAACCGCCUCGGUGCCUACCAUGCACCCAUGAUGACCUUCCUAGACUUCAACAUGCUUCGUACCCUGCCAGAGGGGCAGGUCCGCAACGGUUUUGCUGAGCUGAUGAAGAUCUCUUCCUGUGCAGACAAGCGCACUUGGGAUCUGCUCGUGGAAAACGGCGAGACGCUGAUCAAGACCCGUUUCGGUCGUGCUGAUGGCGCCAGCCCGGAGCUCAAGGAGAUUGCAGACGAGAUCUGCUGGCGCGGUAUCAAGGUCAUGCUCGACCUCGAAUCUCCUAAUCUACACGAGAUUGGUCUCGACAGAGUCAUUGCCUUUGGUCACAGCAUCUCGCCUACUCUCGAGCUCACUUCGAUUGUUCCGCUUCGCCAUGGACACGCCAUCAACAUCGACAUGGCUUAUUUCAUUACAGUCGCUUGGAAACGAGGAUACCUCACCGAGGAACAGAGAGACGAGUACCACUUGCUCUCUCACCGCGUUGGACUGUCGAUGGAUCACGAGCUCUUCACCGACGACAUGAUCGUCGCCGGUACCGAGACCAUCUUGAAGACCAGGGACAACAAGCAACGCUUUGCGGUCCCAAGUCCGUAUGGCACUUGCCGCUUCAUCAAUGACGCCACGUAUCAGGAGCUCUUCGAUACUCUCAAGAUCCAUAAAGCUCUCAUGAAAGAGAAGUACAAUGGCGGUACAGGGAAGGAGGCUUAUGUCGACUACAGUGACCUCGGCAUGGAUCCCGAGAUUCUCCGCCGCAAGGCUGCCACGAACGGAAACAGGGUCGUUAACGGCUAUGAAGCUGCUGCCGUGCUCGCUGCUGCUGUCAAAGCUGGCGCAGUUCAGGCGACUACUGAUAGCCUUGUGGCGAACGGAGCAGCUGACAUCCCCGCCGUCAGCUGUGGUGACAAGAUCGCCAGCAGUGUCGUCGCUUAGGCUCUUUGUCUUGCCCUUGUCAUCAUGGACCUCGAUUACCACCAUACGCUCCUAUGCUGUCUCACUAUCUCCAUAACCUGUGUAACAAGUGAAAAGGAAUGAAUGAAUGAAAUAGAAACGUUC